CUAGGGGAUCUCUUGUCUAAUCUAAAAGGAGAUUCCCGCCCAAAUGAAAAUCACAUUGAAAUACUACAUAAAUUAAUGAGAAGCCGAGAAAGGUGCAUGCUAUCCAAACGGACACCUUUUCUAGAAAACGGAGGCCUAAUUGUGCCUCAAUUUGUUGUUACUCUUGUGUCGAGCGCUGCCUAUCUAACAGCUUAUCCGCUGUUUAACGGGUGAAAGUAGCGCAGCAGACAAACAACCUUCUCGGGGGUUUCAUUUUCUCCCUAUCCCCACUUUCCAUUCGUUGACGCAGCUUUUAGCGUCCCCAAUUACGAAACAUGGUCGAACUUCGAAAGCGCAAAGCGCCAGCACAACCUCUCGUGGCAGAGAGAAAGAGAAAGAAAGUCCAGGCACCCACAGCAUCGGCACAGAAAGGGAAUUAUAAUCCCAAGACUGCUAUCUCCGAGACCACUCCAAAAGUUGGCGAUGUGAUUAAUUUGGAUCAAUUUGGUGGUGAUAUUGAGACCAAUGAUGGCCAGAAAAUCACACUGCAAGAUCUCGUUGAUUCCAGUAAAGCUGGUGUCGUGCUUUUCACGUACCCUCGAGCUUCAACCCCAGGCUGUACCAAGCAAGCCUGUUUGUUCCGUGACCAUUACGACACUCUUUCGGAGAGUGGUUUAUCGAUUUAUGGCCUUUCGACUGACUCGCCCAAGGCAAAUACCACAUUCAAGACUAAGCAAGGAUUGCCAUAUCCUCUCCUCUGCAACCCCUCAUCUUCAUUGAUAGAAGCCAUUGGACUCAAGAAGUUGCCGAAAGGCACGAUCAGAGGAGUCUUUGUUCUUGAUAAAGUGGGUAAGGUCUUGGUACUACAGGCCGGUGGCCCUGAUGCAACAGUUAAUGCCGUGCAAAAGCUGGUUUCAAAGUUGAAGGAACAGAACCCAGAUCCUGCAACUGUACGCGUGAGCUCACCAGCUGAAGAUGAACACUAGGAGAUAUCAACUCACCGGCAAUUAACGUGGUAAAUGGGAGUAUUCACUUCCAAGUUGGUUGGCUUUUGUUUAGCGGAUAGCCGGUGGAAUCACAGAUUUCAUUUUGUGAUGAGUCCCUAACUUCCAAAUGGCUACAAUAUUUGUGUAUUAUCAGUACUAUGUGCAACCAACUCUAUUGAUUUCUUUGUCUCGUAAUUCUCAGUCAAGUUUCCUCGGCG